AUGUACUUUGUUUGGCUUAGAUUUUCUUUAUUUCUCUUUAUUUUUUCUUGUAUCAAUGGUAUUUAUUCAGAUUUACAAAAUCCGGAAAUAUUUCUAAUCGAUGUAUACCGACUUGACAAAAACAUAGUAGUUUCAUCUAUUUAUAACACAUCAAAUCCCAAUGAAUACAUUACAAAUAUGGCCGAUCCCGAAGGAAAAUAUCCAAUUAUUACAAAUACUCCCAUUGAUGUACCUAAAUUAAUCGAUGAAGACACAGUGCAAAUACUUGGAAAAGACUACAAAAUAAAAGAGUUUCAACCUCUUGGACUCCAAAAGUGUUUAACUCCACUUUAUAAUCUGAGUUCUUGUCAACAAAUAUGUAUUACUGGUUAUUCUGCAACUUUUUUGUCGGUUUUUAAUUCUUUUGCAUUGGUUUAUAAUACUCCAAAUAAACAUUUUCAGCUUAAUAUUACUAAUGCUUCUGAGCUUAAAGUUGAUGGCGACAACGUACAAUAUGCAGUUAUUAAUUGUUCUGUUUCGACACUAAACACUGUGAUGUGGGGAUUUCUGACCUUCGCUGUAAUUUUUUCGUUUUUAGUAUUUGCACUAUUUACUUUUGAAAUUGUAGAAUACCUAAGAUUUAAGGCGGAUAUGAGAGAUCCUCUAAUAAUUGGUGGUGAGAUAAGAACCAUUACUUCAAGAGAUUUCUCUUUGGAAUCUUUUUCGACCAAAUAG